GUAGCCGCUUUCCUUAAUCCUUAACAAAGUAGCAGAAGAAAAACAAACGGAAAGGUUUUCAUCCGCAUGGCGGUAUUCAGCAGAUAGUCUAAAUAUUGUAAAUAAAUAGUCGUCCCUUUUCCGAAUUUAAGUUGUAUUAGAGCAAUUGAAAAGAUUAAGGAUGGAGGCGGAUCUAUACGACGAGUUUGGUAACUAUAUCGGUCCGGAGCUGGAUUCUGAUGAUGACGAUGAUAUUGAGGCAGACGACAGGGAUGUGGAUGAGCCCGAUGAUGAUGAAGACGAAGAUGAGCCGGCUGAUGCUGAAGAUGACGUUCCUGGGAUGGAGGUGGUCCUGCACGAGGAUAAAAAGUAUUAUCCUACAGCGGAAGAAGUCUAUGGGCCAGAGGUGGAGACCAUCGUCCAGGAGGAAGAUACCCAACCUCUCACAGAGCCCAUCAUCAAACCUGUGAAGAAUAAGCAGUUCACUCUGAUGGAACAGGAGCUACCACAGACUGUUUAUGACAUGGAAUUUCUCGCUGACCUGAUGGACAGUCCAGAGCUGAUUCGUAAUAUCACCCUCUGCGGCCAUCUGCACCAUGGCAAGACUUGUUUCGUUGACUGUCUGAUCGAACAAACUCACCCAGAGAUCAGGAAGAGGGACGACGUGGAUCUUCGAUACACGGAUAUCCUGUUCACCGAACAAGAGAGGGGCGUUGGUAUCAAAAGUACCCCUGUCACUAUGGUGCUGCCGGACUCCAGAGGCAAAUCCUACCUGUUCAACAUCAUGGACACGCCAGGUCAUGUCAACUUCUCAGAUGAGGUGACGACCGGAAUCCGCAUCUCGGACGGAAUCGUCCUCUUCAUCGAUGCAGCCGAGGGAGUGAUGCUGAACACAGAACGUCUGAUCAAGCAUGCCGUACAAGAGCGUCUGGCCAUCACCGUCUGCAUCAACAAGAUCGACCGCCUCAUUGUGGAACUCAAGCUGCCACCCACAGACGCCUAUUACAAGCUGAGGCACAUCGUGGACGAGGUCAACGGCCUGCUUAGCACAUACUCUACGGAUGAGAACCUGGUGAUCUCUCCUCUCUUGGGGAAUGUGUGUUUCGCCAGCUCCCAGUACUCUACCUGCUUCACCCUUGGCUCCUUCGCCAAGAUCUACUCAGACACUUACGGUGACGUCAACUACAACGACUUUGCCAAGAGACUCUGGGGAGACAUCUACUUCAACCCUAAGACGCGGAAGUUUACCAAGAAGGCCCCAACCAGUAACUCCCAGCGUAGCUUUGUGGAGUUUGUUCUGGAGCCCCUCUACAAGAUCCUUUCACAGGUGGUGGGAGACGUGGACACCUCCCUGCCCAGGGUGCUGGAUGAGCUGGGCAUCCACCUCACCAAGGAGGAGCUGAAGCUCAACAUCAGACCCCUGCUGAGGCUGGUCUGCAACCGCUUCUUCGGAGAGUUCACGGGCUUGGUGGACAUGUGCAUACAGCACAUCCCGUCGCCACAGGAGGGCGCAAGAGCAAAGAUAGAGCACAGCUACGCCGGUAGUCUGGACUCGGACCUGGGGGAGGCCAUGUUGGAGUGUGACCCUGACGGCCCUCUGAUGUGCCACACCACCAAGAUGUACAGCACGGAGGACGGCGUGCAGUUCCAUGCCUUCGGCCGUGUGCUGAGCGGCACCAUCCAGGCGGGCCAGCCCGUCAAGGUGCUGGGGGAGAACUACACCCUGGAGGACGAGGAGGACUCCCAGGUCUGCACCCUGGGGCGCCUCUGGAUUUCUGUGGCCAGGUACCAGAUAGAGGUGAACCGAGUGCCUGCUGGGAACUGGGUGCUCAUCGAAGGCUGUGACCAGCCCAUUGUCAAGACCGCCACCAUCACAGAGCCCAGAGGCAACGAAGAGGCCCAGAUCUUCAGGCCGCUGAAGUUCAACACUGCAUCGGUGAUCAAGAUCGCCGUUGAGCCCGUCAACCCGUCGGAACUGCCCAAGAUGCUGGACGGACUCCGGAAGGUCAACAAGAGCUACCCGUCUCUGACCACAAAGGUGGAAGAGUCUGGAGAACAUGUCAUUCUGGGGACAGGAGAGCUGUACCUGGACUGUGUAAUGCACGACCUGCGCAAGAUGUACUCGGAGAUUGACAUCAAGGUUGCUGACCCCGUUGUGACCUUCUGUGAAACGGUGGUGGAGACGUCGUCGCUGAAGUGUUUUGCUGAAACGCCCAACAAGAAGAACAAGAUAACGAUGAUCGCAGAGCCCCUGGAGAAGGGCCUGGCGGAGGACAUAGAGAACGAAGUGGUGCAGAUCACCUGGAACAGGAAGAAGCUUGGCGAGUUCUUCCAGACCAAGUACGACUGGGAUCUGCUGGCCGCCAGGUCCAUCUGGGCCUUCGGCCCCGACACCACUGGGCCCAACAUCCUGGUGGACGACACCCUGCCGUCUGAGGUUGACAAGGCGUUGCUGGGCUCCGUCAAAGACAGCAUCGUUCAGGGCUUCCAGUGGGGGACCAGGGAGGGCCCGCUGUGUGAUGAGCCCAUCAGGAACGUGAAGUUCAAAAUCCUGGAUGCCGUGAUCGCCCAGGAGCCUCUGCACCGAGGGGGGGGUCAGGUCAUCCCCACCGCCAGGAGGGUGGUGUACUCCGCCUUCCUCAUGGCAACCCCCAGGUUGAUGGAGCCCUACUACUUUGUGGAGGUGCAGGCUCCAGCCGACUGCGUCUCUGCUGUGUACACGGUGCUGGCCCGGAGAAGAGGACAUGUGACCCAGGACGCUCCGAUCCCCGGCUCCCCCCUCUACACCAUCAAGGCCUUCAUCCCGGCCAUCGACUCGUUUGGCUUCGAGACGGACCUCCGCACGCAUACACAGGGACAGGCCUUCGCCCUGUCGGUGUUCCAUCACUGGCAGAUUGUGCCCGGUGACCCCCUGGACAAGAGCAUUGUUAUCAGGCCGCUGGAGCCCCAGCCCGCCCCUCAUCUGGCCAGAGAGUUCAUGAUCAAGACGCGUAGGCGCAAGGGCCUGAGCGAGGAUGUGAGCAUCAGCAAGUUCUUCGACGAUCCUAUGUUGUUGGAGCUGGCCAAGCAGGACGUGGUGCUCAACUAUCCAAUGUGAGCCACCGGUGCCUGGGGGCUUACCCCCCCCCCCCACAAAUCCACCACUGCAGAGCCACAUGUCACACUUAGCAGCCACGUCUCACGUUUUUCCCUGUAUAAUCGUCACUGCAAUUGUUUGGAAGGAAUGCCCAUUAGGAGGGGCCUGGCCCAUAGGUCUUGAAAGACUAGGUCUUUGAAGACCUAUUCCAAUGGGUCCCAUUCCAAUGGGUGACUUUCCUCAUUGGGGAUUUGUCUCCGUUUUAUGAUGGCAAACUUUAGGUUAGCCAGUGACCUAAUGUUUGUCUAAAUACCCCCUGUUCACUGUAUGUUUCAAUUAAAUAUGGUGAAAAACAGGCAGCCCUUAUUACUGAUAGACGUUUCAGUUGUCCUCAAACUGUUAGUGAUGGCUCAAUGUGACAUGUCCAGCUCCAUUUAUGCAGUUUAUGACUUGUUUUUUUAUUUUUGUAUAAAUACUUCAUUUAUAGAAACACCUUUUGAUGAAACCAUACAUGUUUUUUAUUGUUUAAGGAAAUGGGAUGUUAAUAAUGAAUGAAUUUUGUGAAGCUGUUUGAAUAAAAUGGAUAUGUCUUUUCAAACAUGUA